AAGAAGAAUCAUCCACAACGUGCAUCCCGGUGCACCCAUGUGUUUGUCCGAGUUACAGAAAACAGAUUAAGAAGCCGCCGUCAUGACGUCGUUGGCCCACCAGCUGAAGAGGCUCGCGCUGCCUCAGAGCGACCCCAGCCUGCUGACGCGCCGCGAGGUCGCCUCGCUCCUCUUCGACCCCAAAGAUGCUGCGUCCAUGGACAGAAGCACCUUCUUCGCCCUCGGCUGCACGGGGCUGGAGGAGCUGCUGGGAAUCGAACCGGCCUUCCAGGAGUUCCAGGAGACCCUGUUCAGCCGGGCCUCGCUGACGCUGGAGCGCAGCGUCCAGUCCAAAGAGGUCAACAAGAAACUGGACGCCGGCAUCUCGCUCUUCCUCACCCGCCUCAGCCCGUACUUCCUCCUCAAACCGGCGCACAAGUGCAUCGAGUGGCUGGUUCACCGCUUCCACAUCCAGCUCUACAACGUGGACAGCCUGCUGGCGUGCGUGCUGCCGUAUCACGACACCAACGUGUUCGUCCGAGUCCUGCAGCUCCUCAAAAUCAAAGACGCCACCAACCGCUGGAACUGGCUGCACGUUCUGCAGGUCUGACGCUCAAAACCAGGCGUGCCGCUGUCCAGAGGGACGCUCGUCACUCACUGCUACACAGACCUGAGCUUCAUGGACUUCAUCUGCACCAUGGUGACCACGGCCAUCCAGGCGUAUUCGGGACACUCUGGAAGUUGCUCCCAGCUCAGAGUGAUCUUCUCCUUCUACGCGUCCACCAUCGUCCCCGCGCUGGACGCUGUGCACAAAGUGUCCGACGCCAUCAUUUCCAAACUGCUGCCGUACGUCCAGAAGGGUCUGAAGUCGCCGCUGACAGACUACAAGGCCGCCACCUACAUGGUGGUGUGCCAGCUGGCGGUGAAGGUGGUGAUGGAGGCGAGUCUGGUCGACACGCUCGCGCUGCAAGUCAGCAAGUCGCUGCUCAAAGAGCCCGUUUUGGCCAAAGAGGGUCUGGGCUGCCUCAUCGUGCUGCUGCAGAACCAGAAGGAGGGCGCCGCCGGGCCCAGAGCGUUCGGACGCCUCAGCUCGAUGCCGGCGCUGACGUCGACGCUGCAGGUGAUGGCGGCGACUCAUGACGUCAGCCCUCUGCUGCGCUACCUGCUGCCUCACCUGAUCGGCGCCGUGUUCACCUGCAGCUCAGGUGAGACGGACGAGGUCGGCGUGUUGGGGUCCAUCCUGCAGUCCGUCCCUCUGACCAAAGGCCUGGACCAAACUGUGGCUCGUUUGCUUUUGGACGAAUAUCUGAGUCAGACCGAACUCUCUGCUGAAGACACGUCGGCCCUCAACAGCCGACUUCUUCCUCUGGUUCGACUGUUUGAGUCCAGAUACUGUGGAGCUCUGGACGGCGUCCUCGGAGGUCACGUGACCAACGUCAGCAGCACCGAGCAGAAACACCUCUUCCACCAGUUCCUCUCUUUGUCCAUGAGCAGCGGAAAAUACCAGAUUUUGGGCGACUUGGACACGUCACUGUUUCUCAGCCUGAAACACCCGCAGGCCUCAGUCAGAGUGUCGGCUGUGGAGCACCUGAUGAGCAUCGUCGCCUCCGAACAGCAGCAGAGUUUCGAGGAAUCCUUCCUGAAAGACGCCGUCAUGGAUCGCCUGAAGGACGACGUGCCGGAGGUCGUGGCUGCCGCUCUCAGAGUCCUGGAGGUGAUUUUUGAUUCGUUGGACCCUGAGGACACGGUGUCCUGUUUACUGUCACUGCUGCACAGAGUGGAUGUGUCGGUGGCUGAGCGCUGGCUCCCAGUGCUGACGGAGGCGGUGCGUUUACUGUCCGACCCCCGGCUGGGAAAGGGGGACGCCGAGCUGCUGCAGAGGGUCGGCUGGAGGCUGCUGCCCUUCCUGGUGAUCACCUCCUCCUCCUCCACCUCCUCACAGCUCCGCCUCGCCUCCUGCGUCGCCCGAUCCGCCGUCGUCACGCAGCACCCGCUCUCCGCAAACUGGGCUCAAGAGCUGGACAAGGUGAUGAAGAGGAGCUCUGAAGCCGACUUCGAAGCUUUAGCCAACGAGCGUCUCGUCUCCACGCUGACCAAAAACCUCACAAACAUGGAGCACUUCUCCAAACGGGACGCUCUGGAGAGGCUGGCGGUGUGUGUGGAGCAGCAGCGCGGCUCCGGCCUGCGAUGGCGAGCGUCCUUCCUGGUGCUGACUCGGACUCUGCUGCUCGGUCUGCGCGAGCUGAGCGAGACUGAGCACCUGCUCACCGCUCAGAGGGUCUACACGCUGCUGGAGGUCAUCAAGGACGCCGUCGCCGCCGCUCAGGAAGCGGAGCGUCGUGUCGCCGCCCCCUCCUCCUUCUCUGAAGCGCUGACGGUUUACCUGAGCAGCUGUGAGCAGCGGCCGGGCGAGCAGCUGGACGCAGAGUUCAGCUUCGUCCUCAUCGCUCUGCUCAGAGACUUCAUCUCGUCCCUCCGGUGUCCCGACGCCUCCUUCAAAGGUCAGUGACGCUGGGAGGCGGAGGAGCUGGACACAAACACCUGCUGUUACCUGGGACUCACCUGCCGCCUCUUCAGCGUCAUCAUGAGUGGCGCCGGCGAGGGCCCGGCCGCCGGCUGCUUCAGAGACUUAAUGAAGCUGUUCAUCCAGGUUCACCUGGGCGAGCCGCUGAUGCUCUUCCGCUUCCUGUGCAUGCUGUGGGGAUACGGCAGUAACCACGGAGACCAGCUGGACAUGAAGGUGGGCGCCGUCCUGCAGACUCAGGCUCUGUACAUGGGCCGCGCUCUGCUGAGCGCCCAGCCGGCCGCCGUGCUGCAGGAGCUGGUCGCCGCCGACUCACCUGUCGUCCCGUCUCUGCUCUGCUGUCUCACCUCUCCGGUCCGCGAGGUCCGGAGGGCGGCCCUCGGCGCUCUGCAGAGCCUAUCAGGAGCCAACGCUUCCCCCCUCCAGCCAAUCACAGAGAGGAUCCUGAAGACCUCAGAGGAGAUCAUCGCAGACCCGUCGUACCUGAGCCAGGCUCUCGGCGUGCUGCACGAGGAGUGUUCGUCUGUGAAAGUGAAGCCGCAGCAGAAGAAGCUGCAGGCGGCGAUGCAGCAGCUGCUGCAGAGCGUUCAGACUCCCUGCUGCCCGUCGUACACUGCCAUCUGCCUGCUGCGAGCGCUGAGCCUCGUCAACGGACAGUCCGUCCUGUCCCAGCUGCUUCCUGUCCUGGAGCGCCUCCUGGAGCAGAGCGGCCCCGACACGCCCGCCCUGCUGCGCGCCGAGGCCCAGCUCAUGCACCUCGUCCUGGGGAAGUACAACGAGGCGUCGGCCCCCCUGCUGGACGAGGACCACAACUGUCUGGAGCUGUUCAUCCGAGCUCUGAGGACCCCGAGCCAGCCGCACCCCGACCUGCCCAGCUGCCAGAUUAUCGCUCUGGAACAGAUCACGAAGACGUUCUUCUCGGCGCUGGGAGGCGAGGCGGUGCAGCAGAAGCUGCUGUCGGUGAUGUUGGACGUGCUGACGGAGAGCCGCAGUCCUCUGGUGGCCAACAGCAUCAGCAGCGUCUUCAAAGGGAUCGCAGUUGACGGUCAGCUGGUGGCCAAUGAGCUCGCUCCGCCAGAGAAACCCAAAGUGAGCGUGACGGUGCAGCAGAGCCGCCGCAGCAGGAUGACGCAGAGGAAACCUCAGGAUGGCGGUGACGCUGGUCCGGAGGGCGGCGCCGUGUCGUGGCAGAGAGUCACUCUGAUCCUGGAGCUGCUGCAGCGCAAGAAGAAGCUGAGGAGAGCCCAGACGCUGGUGCCCGUCCUCUUCUCGCUGCUCGCCAGGAGUCUCGAGUCGAGUCCCGGUGAUCACACCAACAUGGAGUACACCAAACAGCUGCUGCUCAGCUGUCUGCUCAACGUCUGCAGCAAGCUGUCUCCUGACGGAGGACCCGUGGCGCCCGACGUCCUGGAUGAAGACAAGUUCAGCGUGGAGCUGGUGGUUCAGUGCAUCAGAUCGUCCGACAUGCCGCAGACUCACCAUCACGCUCUGCUGCUGCUGGGCGCCGCCGCCACCAUCUUCCCCGAGAAAGUCCUGCACAACAUCAUGCCCAUCUUCACCUUCAUGGGCGCCAACAUCAUGCGUCUGGACGACGUCUACAGCUUCAGAGUCAUCGACAAGACGCUGCAGAUGGUCAUACCUGCUCUCAUCCAGGCCCACCAGCUGUCUGACGGCUCCUCUUCGUCUCAAAUGGUUGCCGUGGUUACGAGAAUCAUGCACGUGUUUGCGGACGCUCUCCCUCACGUGCCCGACCACCGCCGACUCCCUGUGCUCCAUCAGCUGGUGACCACGCUGGGCCCCCGCUUCCUUUGGGUCCUGAUGCUCCUGCUGUUCAAGCUGCACGCCACGCAGACCGCCAGCUCCGUCAGCGAGAAGGACGCAGCUCUGGAGAAAGACGUGGACUUCUGGAUCUCUCUCUGCUGUCAGUUCGAGGUGCCGGACCAGCUCACCUCCCUCAUCAACAUCCUGAACUUCCUGCUGCAGCUGCCCGACGACAAAGACCUCGCUCCAGUGAAGCGCUCCGCCGGCCGGCGAGGAGCCAAAAAGGAGGAGGAGGAGGAGGAGAAGGCGGAGGAGCUGAUCUUCAGCGUGGAGGCUCACAGCAGCAAAGAGCUGAGACACUUCAAGUUCCUCUGCGUCUCCUUCAUGGCUCAGCUGCUCGGCUCGGCCAGCUUCAUCGGGAAGGUUGCAGACGGAGGUGACGUCGUCGAUGAGUCUCUGCAGCAGCUGCAGCAGAGGCUGCUGGAGGAGAUCCUGCGUUACAUCCACAGCGUCGCUCGCUGUGUGGAGGAAAACGCAGACAAACCCACCGCCAAGUUCUGGAGAGUCCUGCUCAAUAAAGCCUACGACGUUCUGGACAAAGUGAACUCCUUGUUGCCCACGGAUACCUUCAUCACCGUGAUGAGGGGGCUGAUGGGAAAUCAGCUGGCGUCGGUCAGGAGGAAGGCCAUGGAGCUGCUGAACAACAAACUGCAGCAGCGGACACAGUGGGACCAACAACAGGUCACUGUGCUGUUACAACUCACCGGCGACCUCCUGAGCAUUGUGGGUAAAAGUCACGGUCAGGCGACGGAGGCGGAGCAGGCCAUCAACCGGCAGACGGCGCUCUUCAGCCUCAAGCUGCUCUGUCGCAGUUUUGGCUCCGACCACCAGGAGGCGUUCGUCCCGGUCCUGCUGCAGACGGUGGACAUCGUCACGGCGACGGAGGAGGAGAAGAACGUGAUGGGCAGCGCUCUGCUCUGCAUCGCGGAGGUGGUCAGCACGCUGAAGGCACUCGCCAUCCCACAGUUACCAAGGUUGAUGCCGGCGGUGCUGCAUGCGCUGAUGGACAGGAAGGAGCUGCUGACCAAUGAGAUUUACCUGCUGAGCGCCGUCACCGCCCUCCAACGUGUCACUGAGACGCUGCCGCGCUUCAUCAGCCCGUACCUGCAGGACACCACCUCACAGGUGUGUCGUCUGACUCAGCUGGUCGAGACUUCCUCGUCUUCGUCAUCGGCCGCCGCUCAGCUGUCCACACGUCUCGCCUCCCUCAGGAGCACCCUCGCCACCAGGCUGCCCCCCAGGGUCCUCCUGCCCACCGUCACCAGGUGCUACGGCAGCAUGGUGGUCGACAGGAAGCGUCAGCUGGGGGCGCUGAUGAGCGUCCUGAAGGAGCACAUCAGUCACAUGGACAAAGAGCAGCUCAACUUCCACCAAUCAGAGCUCAGCUCCUUCUUCCUCGCCGCCCUCGACUUCCGGGCCGAACACUGUCAGGUCAAAACACUGGAGCGACGCCGCUGA